CAGCGAGUCGGCCGUCCGCGACUGUACCUCGCGCCGCGUCGCCGUGCGCGGGGCGCGGCGUGCGGGGUCCGGAGCUGGCUGCCGGCUGCUGCGCCGUGCCGACUUGUUGCUCUCGCUGCAGCCGAGAUGCUGCGCCGCGCUGCGCCUGCGCGUCCAGUCUGCGGACAGCUGCGCGCGCGAGGCGAGGUGCUUCGGAGCCGUUGCCGCCGCGGUCGCUAGCUGCAGCCGACGCCACGCCGCCGGUGGAGGCGAUAAGAUAGAGGCGGAGAUGCGGGCGCGCGGCCGCCGCGGCUGCUGAAGCCAUGCUGCCGCCCCGCGAGCCGGCGGCGCCGCUGCUCACCGACGUGGCGCUGACUCUGCUGCUGGCGCUGACUCUGCUGCUGACGGGCGCCGCCAGCGCCGUGCACCACCCCGCGCAGCUCCGCAGGGGACAGAUCGAUUGCCGGUACGAUGAGGACUGCAUUCCGAACGCCUACUGCAAGGAGCAGAAGUACUGCCUUUGCAAGGCCGGCGCCUUCGCCUACACGCUCACCAAUGGCAGCACUGCGUGUCUCAAAGCUGCCACUACUGUGGGCGAUCCGUGCUUCCUGAACGAGCAGUGCGUUAUGAACCUGAGCGAGAAUUCCGUCUGCGACAGCGCCGGGCGCUGUCAGUGCCGCGAGAAUGCCCACUUUGUGGAGGGGCGGUGUCAUCGCACCUCAAGGGCUGGCGAGUCCUGCCGUGUGAGUAACGACUGUCACAUUGACAAUCCAAACGUGAUGCUGAGCUGCCUCUAUCAGGUCUGUGUGUGUCCCCAGCAGUACAGACCUGUUAACAAUGGCUCUGACUGUGUACGCACAUUGGAACUUGGGCAGAAUUGUGACACUGACGAAGAAUGUAUAACGGAAGGAGCCGUCUGCAAAGAUGUAUGCCACUGCACAGUGCAUCAUGAAAUUAGUCAAGACGGUCGCCACUGUCUCUUAGCUGCUGAAGUGUUAGAGAGUCCAUGUCAGGAAGAUGCACAAUGUGCAAAAUACAUUGAAUUUUCCAAGUGUCAGUCUGGCCUAUGUGUCUGUGAGGACGAUUAUCACUACACUGCCGCCAAGACUAAAUGCUGGAGAAAUAUUGGACUUAAUGAACGUUGUUCAGAUAGUGCUGAGUGUGUACUCAAACAUGGAAACGACAUGACAGCUAUCUGCUCCGUUUCUGGUGUAUGCCAAUGCAUGAAAGGAUAUGAACCAACUUCUGACAACUCUGACUGUCGUUCAGGAGCUGCAGUUGAUCAUCCCACACUUUUUGUUGUUCCUGUUGUGAUUCUGCUUCUGUCUUUGAGAUAACAGCAAUUGAUUAUCAUAAUGAAGAGAUUUUUUCUACUGCCCUCUGUGGAUAUGUACAGGAUGUAAUCAACACAGUGUAGUGUUUUAAGGGGAACAUCAAAAGUAUUAAUUUGAUGCAUGAGGUGAAUUAUAGGAACUGCAAGCAAAUUUUAUGUUGUUAAGGUAACCACAAUGACUUUUGAUGUUACCUUAAUUCAUUAUGAUUGAACAAUAAGUCAAGGUGCUUAACACAGAUUAAGAUAAUAACUCAAACUGUUAAUAUUUAUAUGUAUGAAAGAUGACUGAAAAAUGAUUAAGAUGUUGAUGUAUGUUUGUAAUUGUAUCCCGUCGUGAGUUCCUGUUGUGUUACUAUGUUAUGAAAGAAACUUAACUGUUCAUCUGUACAAGCAGGUCACAUAUGCAUCAGUUAUAAUGAGUCAAUGUUGUUAGUGAGCAAUGCAUAUUUUUUAUCAACUUAACCAGUUAAUCUUCAAUUCUAAGAGAGAAAUGUGUUUGCUUAGAAUGAGUAUUCUGUGACUUUUUUCUAACCAUGCCAUCCAUAGACAGGUGCUGAUGAUACACAGCAAUGGCAACACAAGUACCUUACACUAUGUGCAUAUUUAUUAUAUGGGAAGUGCUGUUAAAACUGUCAUCUCAUAUUUUCUAAAGAAGAGAAAAUGAUAUUGCUAAAUAAGUAUGUCAAUAAGACAAUUGCAAGGAAAUUGAUUGUCCUUAGUUUGGUUUUUCUACAAGUUCUUAAUGUACAAAGGUUACAUAGUAAUCUGAUUCUCAUUACAUUUUCUUUAUACUUUUUAUUUGUAUUUUGAUCAGAACAUCUAGCAGCUAUGUUAUAUAAACAUUUAGGAGAAGUAUGAAAAUGAACUUACUGUGAUAUAUAGCACCAAUCUUUCUCUUACUUAAUAUUUUACACAUAUUUAAUUAUACAACUUAAAUUUUAGUAACAGAUGAAAACUUCGCCUUUAUGCCAAUUUCUUUUGGAAUGGAAUUCAGCUACUUAUAGUUAUCACUAGGAUUUUAGAGUUGCAAGUGAAUUACAGCUUUCCCUUUAUGAAAAUGUGUCCUAGAUUAAUGAGAAAAGAAUGGAUAAUGGUGAAAAGAAUAAGCAACAGAUCUCUGCGAUAUAGGUUUUUUCUGAUUUGAUAAAAGAAUGUUCAUAUACAGUAAGUCUGAAUGAUUACAGUCAGAAAAAUCAACUUUGAGAAAAUGUUGUAAGUAAAUAAAAAGUUUGUACAAAUCUUAUGUUCAUAUUUUCAAACAACAUGAAUUAAGUUUUGAAAGCUAAUUAUUUCUUUGUACUGAUCUGCAAAAAAGUGAACCUAAGAUCAUGAAAAUACCCUUAAUACAACAUACAGAAUCCUUUAAUACCCACUCCUGUUGCCAAAGUCACCAACACAUGCCUAUGGAGUGGCUCUGAACUCGGAGAGAAGCUGCUACAAGUCCUGAUGAUGGAAAAUUUUCACUGACAAAAUCUGGCCAGUAAGAGGAGUAGAGAUUGUGUCUUUAAGUUUCUGACCACUAGUCUUUGCAUUAAUGUCCUGGGUUAAAUUUCAAAUAUCUCCCUGGUGUCUCAUGAAAUGAAGGCUUGUGGCACAUCUAUCAGUUGGGGAUACUAACCUCAGAGGCGCUUGGUGAUAUUACAGAGGAUUAGGAUAUGCACUGACACGGGAUUUCACACCCUCCUUUCUCUCAUCAUCCCACAAAACAAACAUAACACUUCGCUAUAUAUGCAUCCAUUACACUCACCUGCACUCCAUAAAUACACAUACAACAUAACUCUCACAUACUGCAAGAAAAGGAGUCAAUGAUGAGCCAGCUGACUACAGUCCAUGGUAUUUCUCAGCCAAGAAAGCCAUAUGACAUAUGAUUGAAUAUUAAUGAUUUUGUUGACAGAACAGUGAGAUCUUUUAUUUUUCACUAUUGCCAUUAAUUUGAGGUAGAUUAAGGAACUUUGUCUUAAUAUAAAUGUAAUUUAUACAAGGUAUCACAAAAAUUUGGUAGAGUUUUAAUGAAAAAUAUGGAAAACAUUUAAUUUUUUUGAGAAGUACUUGAUAAUAUUUUGGUUUUAAUUUUUAUGGACUGUGAUGUUCAUUGUAAGUUAACCUAUUUUAUGGCCUGAAUUUUCAAUAUAGUCAAAUGAAUUACUAAGGAAUCUGAAAAAGACAAUGAAACACUGGAACUGGCAGACAUAGGCUUCUAAAUAUUGUAAAAGCUGUGACCAAGCACUUGGAGAAGGAUACAGAUGAUAAUCAACUAUCAGUAAUUAUUUUUGUUGCAACACUAUCUCAAAGAAAAAUAAUCAAAGAAGUAAUAAUAAUGUGGAGUAAAAUCUUUAUGUAACAAAGUAAAUCAAGCAUGUUGAAGCAAGUGUGUCAGGUCACUGAAAUGGGAUUCUAGAUCAUGACUGUCAUACUGCCAAUGGUUCAGUAGAAUUUUUUAAUGUGCGAACAUUGGCCAUGCAAAGAGCUGAAGGCUAAUCUUGCAGUUUUCCUUUCUCUGAUAUCCACAAACAACAACACAAUUAAUUUUUAGUUCAUUCACUUAGUCACAGUUGGAACACUAACAGGGUACUUCAGUAUCGAAAAUCUUUUCUGCCAGAUUUGUGACUGCUUACAGUGUUUUACAUAAUUAACUUGUCAUAUUUCUCCAUUCAAGCAUUUUUUUACAGUACCUGUCACUGAACAUCUUGCACCCUCCUAUGUAAAAGUUAGCUGCCCUAUAAAUUCUCAGCCCAUCUUCUCUGCACCUUACACAUGGGUUUCGUUUUCUCUUUUUGCUCCUCAGAUUAGAGAACAGAGCUCAAACAUUUUUACUAACUUUGAAUACAAUAACUUAUCUAUGGAAACUUGUGAAUCUUCUUGUUAUAAAUUCUUCAUCUCCAUCUGCAUUUAUUGCCCUUGCAAUUCUGACAUGGUCAUUUUCAAGAAUUGUUGUAUGUUGGAACCCAGUCAAUAUUAGAAAGCUGUGACAUGCUGUAAGAGCAGUUGCAUUUGGUGUUGGAAUUUAUCUACUAUAUAUUUGUUUAAAAACUUCACAAAGGUUGUGAACUCAGUUAGCAUCAAGUUUUUACCUACAUUAUUCAACAAUAAGUAGAUUAAUUUGAGGUUUAUUUUUUUAAAAAAGGUAAAAGAACUUUACUCUAUUUUGAUGGAUUAACAGCUUCAUUAAAUUUGCUUAGUUAUGUUUAAGACUUGAUAAAACAGCCUAACUGAAAAAAAAAUUCCAUCAUUGGUCCACUGACAUACAUGUAUUAAUAUUCUAGUAACUUUAAUGCCAUGUAUUUCUCAUUCAGAUAAUAUCUUAUACAUUUUUUCUUGAGGUAUAACUAUCAAAGAAUUUAUUCUUACCAUCUUUCAUGUUAAUGUCAAUUUUCUUCCUAAUAUACUUCACUGUUCUUUAUUUAAAUGAUCAUACCUUUUGGAUAUAUUCUGCAGUGUUUUAGACCAUACCACUAUGUUACUUCUUAUGGGUAUUACUGAACUUUGAGUUUUUCAGCAAUAAAUUAUAAUUUUUAACUCCAGAUAACUAUGUGGCACAAACAGAGAACCUCAGUAUUGGUAGAGUAAAGUUCGACAAUUUAAAAAAAUAGUAGUUGGGGAGGCAGAAAUCAAAGAAAUCAGUGAAAUUUGUGAAACUUUUCUGGUUUACAUGUUUAUUAUGACAUUAGGAAGAAUAAAAUAAAAGCCAGCCUGUGUGUUUGGAUGAAACACAGUCAGUCUAAAUGCAUUUCUGUUUGGAUUUAGGAAUAAUAGAUGCUGAUCAAUCAAAUUCUAAAGUCAACACUGAUAACCUCUGCCAGUGUGCUUUUUCUGCUGCUCUGAAAUGAGUAAAGAUCUGAGAAAUAUUUUUUCACUGUCUGAGACCAUCACAAAAAAGAAAGGCACAAAAAGUUUUUUUUAGGAGAAUGGUACAAAAACAGGCAACUAAGGAUGACCACACAGCUUUAAAUUUGGACUAGAACAUACACAUACGGCUGCAAGAAUCAAUGCAAUGCUAUCUACAUCUAUUCCAUAGAUACAACUUUCUGUCGCAUUGCUGCAUCUGGAUAUGUUACAGUAUUGCAAACUACUUUAAACCAUUUUAUAUAAUCUUAGCUCAGAUUUAUGUUGUGGUGGAGGCUCCAGCACUACAAAGCAUUAACUGAUAAUAGCAGACAGCUCACCAAUACAGAGUAAAAGAGCAGGUAAAGCUCUUGCUUUUUAUUUAUUUCUUUAUUUACAAUCCAUCUUUAGGCAUUAAAAAUUUCAAAUGAUGUCAUCUUUUGUAUACACACAUACUUGCAUAUUCAAUUACAUAAACAACAUUCACCAUGUAAAAGAUGUUUCAGAUUAUUAUUGUCUACCAAGAUACAUAACUGUCUAUCUUACUGCUUAUGUUGUAUUCAAUAUAUUCACACAUAUAAGUUUAAUGUGAAUGAAACUAUAUUAGUAAAUAACAUCAUCUUUAGGGCAAAUUUUGAAUCCUUCUUUUGUAUAAAAUGCUUUGUCUCUAAGCCAUUUCUAGGUCGCUGUUUAAAACAUAUUCCAUGAUACGCUGUUUGGCUGGUAUGGCAACAUGUUGAAUGGUUUUACUCAUGUGUAUUUAUGACUCUCUUGAGUUUUCUUAAAUCUAGCUACUGUGUUGUUGAUCUAUGAUUCUAGGCAUAUGCCAUAUUGAUAGACAUAUUGUUAUAGUUUGUGACUGUGCUGAUUUUCUUUUUUUUUUGUAUCAUGCAAUGUAUUACAAAGAGAGACAUAAAUGUUGGUAUUUUAGUUCUUUUUUUUUUAA